UAAAAGCCUCAGUUGGACACAUCACAAUUUCAUUUGUCUGUUGUUUCUGUUGAUUAAGUCUGGCUCAUGAGAAUAAGAUGCUGUACACAAUUACUGUCUUGCUGACAUUAACAGGAAUAUGCAGGUCUGCCCUUAUUAGCAAGAGUCACAAAGGAGACGAUCCUCUGCUACAGUAUGUAGUGAAUAACUCUCUGAGGGAGCACCCGGUGCUAACCAAACUACGUCUGAAAACUAUGGAGGAUUCCAAAAACAUAAUGAUGGUGGCAGCUGAGCAAGCUCAGUUUAUGGCUAAUCUAGUGAAGCUGAUACAAGCCAAUAAAACUAUUGAAAUAGGUAUGUACACAGGAUACAAUGCCUUAAAUAUGGCUCUGGUAAUACCUGAGCAUGGACAAGUGGUGGCCUGUGAAAUCAAUGAGGAAUAUGUAAAAAUAGCCAAGCCCUUUUUUACAGAGGCCGGAGUGGAGGAUAAAAUUGAUAUCCGCAUUAAACCUGCAGUUGAAACCUUGGACGAACUCUUAAACGCUGGCGAGGCUGAAACCUAUGACUUUGUGUUCAUUGACGCUGACAAAAAGAAUUAUGAUUCAUACUUUGAAAAGUCUCUUCAGCUUGUUCGAAAGGGUGGCAUAGUAUCAAUCGAUAAUGUCCUCUGGGGUGGACAGGUCAUUAACCCUGCAGAGGAUGACCUGUCCUCACAGACCAUUGACAAACUGAACAAGAAGUUACAUAAAGAUGACAGGAUUGAUCUCAGUAUGCUCACUGUUGGAGAUGGCCUGACCCUGGCUAUCAAAAGAUAAUCUAGAUCAGAAAUGCCUAAACCAGGGCCCAUGGGCCAAAGGUGGCCUGUGACGACCUUUGAUUUGGCCCGACUUGUAUAUGACAAUAGGGGGGGAAUAAAAAAAUACAUUCUUUAAAUAAAAAUACAUAAAGAAUAUGUCAUUGAUGCAGCUCUUCGUUACAUUAAAGGAAUAUUCUGGAUUCAGUACAAGUAAAGCUCAAUCAACAGCAUUUGUGGCAUAAUAUUGAUUACCACAGAAAUUUAUUUCGACUCAUCCUUUUUCUUAAAAAAAGCAAAGAUCUGGGUUACGGUGAGGCACUUAUAGGAAGUGAAUGGGGCUGUCACAUUUAUGUCUUUUAUUUUCUAGUUUAGUUCCUGUUUCAUGUCAUGUGUUCCCUGGUCAUGUGAUUCCUGUUUCACCCAUGUUCAUGUGUCUUGUUUUAUUAGUUAAAUGUCUGAUUACUUUGUUAUUAGUCUUGUCUUUUCAUUGGUUAAAGCUCAUUUAGUCUUGUUAACUUGUUUAUAGUUUAGUUUUGUGAUUGGUUAUCUUUGUCAUGUGUUCUCCCAUGUCAUGUAUUUAACCCUCAUGUUUUCCAUGGUCCAUUGUCAGGUAUUGUUAAUGUAACUGUUGUUUUGGUCAUGUCAAGCUAGAGUCAUGUCAAUGUUUUAAGUUAGGGUUUUUGGAGUACACGUUUGGAAAAUAAACUGCACUUGGCUACUUCAUCAUCAUCAUCGUCUCUGCAUGUUGCCAACAGUGUUACUGGGGCCAAAUUAUGAACGUUAAAACCCUCACUGUUUCAAAAGAAUAGCGACAAGACAUAAACAUUAUGGUGUUAACAUUAUUUUAGUGUGAUAAAAUCACUUACUAACCUUCUCUGUUUAAAAUUAUAGUACAUUUUACAACUUGCCAUGAUGAUGUAAUGUCAACAAACCCUAAAACCCUACAAUGACUGUUAAAACAACUAUUUAAACAACUUUACAGCUCAAAUAAUACAUAAGUUUUAACAGAAGAAUUAAUGCAAGUGUUUUUAUAAAAUUAUAAGCUUUAUAUUCCUGCUUUUAAAUCCUCUAAAAAUUGGCCCCCGGUCCUCAAUCAAUUUUUGAUUUUGGCCUUUGGUAAAAAA